AUGGAACUCCCUGCCCUGGUCCAUGUUGUCCUCCUGGCCCUGCUGUCCUCAGCUGGGGCUCAGCUCUGCCCCUCAGAGAUGAACAGCGUCAAGGACCUCCUUGAGGUCAACUGCACUGGGAAGGGUCUCAGCACGGUGCCCUCCGCCUUGCCCCAGGACACAGGCAUCCUGCUGCUCAGUGCCAACCGCCUGGCGUCCGUCUCCACCGCUGCCUUCCUGCCCUUCGCUGGGCUGCAGGACCUCGACUUGUCCGACAACGGGCUGGUGGCUCUGCACGCAGAGUCCCCGCUGCCGUCCCUGAAGGAGCUCACCCUGUCCCGCAACGCCCUGGAGACCUUGCCCGCCUUGAAGGGUCUGCCUGCCCUCACCCAUCUGGCCUUGGCUCACAACCGUGUGGGCGUGCUGGCUCCGGGCGCUUUCCAUGCCACGCCGCAGCUGCAAUACCUGGACCUGCGGGGCAAUUUGUUGAAGACUCUCCCCCCGGAGGCCUUUGAAGGGUUGAGGGCCCUCAAGGAGUUGGACCUCUCUGACAAUAACCUCGAGGAGCUGCCCCAGGAACUGCUGCAGGACCUGCAGAAACUGGAGACCCUGUGGCUCUCAGGCAACCUCCUCCAGACUCUGCCCUCAAACUUCUUCCCUGAGGGUCACUUUUUUGCAUACGUUUUCCUGACUGAAAACCCUUGGCACUGUGACUGCAACCUGCUCUACCUGAGGGCCUGGAUCCGGCAGAACGACAUCAGCGUCUACCGGCCUGAGCGCGGUCUGGAGAAGACGGAGGUUGAGGUGGCCCCAGAGAGCGUGCGGUGCCACAGCCCGGACAAACACAAGCAGAAGCCCGUCAUGAACUUCAAGCCUGACUGUGGCAACGUGGGGGACGCCGAUGAGGAAGAAGAGGAUGAAUAUGGCUAUGGGGAGGUAACUGAUGAGGCAGCUCCCAAGACGUCCUCCUCCCACCUGCAAUCAACCACCCCUGAAGGUCAGUGGCCUACCACCUUUGCUAUCACCCAACCUUCCUUCACCACCACAAGGGCUCCCCUCAGCAGCUCCACUGGCUCCAUCCUUAUUCCAAGCGCUUGGACUACAGCCCCCAUGGCUUUGCCAACCACUCCAGCUGCUGAGACUGCCUUCACGCUCGCCCGCACUCAGCCGGCCAGUACUGCCACUGUCCCCAGGACCACCGCAAGCCCCAGCACCUUCCUCUCGACCUCCUCGCUGGCCAUCCCCAUGAGCACCGGACCUCCUGGCACCACCAUGCUCACUCCAGCCGCUCUCAGCACUGCUGCUGCCAGCACCCAUAUCCCCUUGUCCAUUGGCACAUAUGGCACCACCUUCACCAUGGCACCUUCCACUCCCACGUCAAAGACCUCUGCCACCAUCAGAUCUUCAUCUUCCUCACCAACAGCGCUGGUGAUCUCCAGCACCACAAUGGUGCCUUCCGCUCACCUGGCCACCACACGCGUCCAACAGCCUGUCCCGCUCUGCCCUUGUUCCGUGCCAGCACCGGCUGUACCCGUGCUGCGUCCACAGGCUGUCGUCGAGGGCCCGCAGUGGGGCCGGUGGGUUCUGAGCCAUUGCUGCCAGCUGCACUGGGUGCUCUACCUGGCUGCCUUGGUUCUGCUGCUCCUUUCCAUGCUGGCUCUGCUGGGUUGGCUGUUGUGGCUGCGUCUUGUGGGGUGGCCCUCCUGGAACCAGUCUUCCCUGCAGGUGCAGAAGAUGCGAUACCCGCUGCUGGGGAGGAUGGAAUCCAUAGAAGGUCCUGUGAUGCACCCCAGCAGCUUCACUAGUCCCCCGCAGCGCCCCACUUUCUGCACCAUCAAGGAAGUGGAGUUGUACCCUGCGACGUCCUACACGUACUGCACUAUUAAAGACCUGGCACUGCAGCGCAACCCUCCUGCAAGAGCCUCCUUCUGCACCACAAAGGAGCUGUGGAUCCAGCAUCAUCCCCUGGAGGCCACAUUCACGACUUUCUCCAGGAAUCUGUAACUCCUAAACCUUGGCUUGCUGAGAACCCCUUCUGCUUAUAGCCUGGAUAGGGCUUUUGAGGCCAUCUGUGCUGCUAGAAUGAAAUAUGCUGGUGACACCUUGUGA